UAACGGGGCGGGGACAGAACAACAGCUCCGGGAGCCGGGGAAGAGCAGGAAUACCGGGAGAAAGCAAAGAAGCCGCUGUUGUCCCGGUCGCCUGCAGCCCCCGGGCGGGGGGAGGAAUCGCGUUCCUUCUCCCUCUCUCUCCGGGCUGACAGCCGCCGCCUGACGGGGACACCGGGAAGGCGGUUGGUCGGUGAGUGGGCGGCGGCGGCGGCGGCGGCGGCGGGGGGGGGGUGGAGAGGAGGCGGCAGCUGAGACUUUGACUGGGAGAAGCUAUGGUGGCCGACCGAGAGCAGGCAUCGCCGGCACCGCUGUAAAUCUGCUCCCGGGGUUAAGGAGCCAGCUGGGGAGAUCGGCGGCGGCGCCAUGGAGGCGGAGGAGCUGCUGAUGGAAAGCGAGAGCUUCCUGCGCACUGAGGUCGAGCGGCUGAACCGGGAGCUCAGCGAGACGACCCAGGAGAAGAUCCAGGCGGCCGAGUACGGGCUGGUGGUGUUGGAGGAGAAGCAGAGCCUCAAACAACAGUACGACGAGCUGGAGAGCGAGUACGAGACAGUGAAACAGGAGUUGGAACAGCUCCGAGAGGCUUUUGGUCAGGCGUAUAGCAACCAGAAAAAGGUAGCAGCUGAUGGAGAGAGCCGUGAGGAAUCAUUGAUUCAGGAGUCUGCUUCUAAAGAGGCAUAUUAUGUCGGGAAGAUUCUGGAGCUACAAACAGAACUGAAACAGAUCAAAAAUGUGCUCACUAAUGCCCAGUCUGAAAAUGAUCAUCUUGCUUCAAUCACACAGCAGCUAAAAGAGAACAAUCAGGUUGUGGAGCUGCAAAGAAAUCGCCUGCGUGAUGAUAUUAAAGAAUAUAAAUUCCGUGAAGCAAGGCUUUUGCAAGAUUACUCUGAGCUUGAAGAUGAAAACAUCUCUCUUCAGAAGCAAGUCUCUGUCCUUAAACAAAACCAGGUUGAAUUUGAAGGUCUUAAACAUGAAAUCAAAAGACUUGAGGAAGACACAGAAUUCCUCAACAGCCAAUUGGAAGAUGCCAUCAGACUGAAAGAAAUAGCAGAACGCCAACUUGAGGAAUCCUUGGAGACACUGAAGAAUGAGCGUGAGCAGAAAAACAAUAUGCGAAAGGAAUUAUCUCACUAUAUGAAUAUCAAUGAUUCAAUGUACACUAGCCAGUUGAAUAUAUCGCUGGAUGGAUUGAAGUUUAGUGACGAUGGCAAUGAACCAAACAAUGACGAGAUGAUUAAUGGUUAUGAAAACAACAGCCUCAGCAAAAUGAAUGGUGAUAAUAAGCUGUCCACUCCUAAGAAAAAUGAUAUCUUUAAGCCAGCACCAAGUUUGGUAUCCGAUUUGCUAAGUGAACUGAAUAUUUCUGAAAUUCAAAAGCUGAAACAGCAGCUUAUGCAGGUGGAAAGGGAGAAGACCACAUUACUUGCCACUCUCCAAGAGUCUCAAAAGCAGCUGGAACAUGCAAGAGGUGCUUUGUCAGAACAGCACGAGAAAGUUAACAGACUCACUGAGCAUGUCAGUGCCAUGAAGAAACUUCAGGCUAGCAAAGAACGACAGACUUCACUUGAUAAUGAAAAAGAGCGAGACAGUCAUGAAGAUGGGGAUUACUAUGAAGUAGAUAUAAAUGGACCUGAGAUUCUGGAGUGCAAAUACAAGGUAGCUGUUGCUGAUGUAAAUGAACUUAAGGAAGAGCUAAAAAAUUUGAAGGCCAAGUACACUGAUUAUGAGAACAAAUAUGAAAAAGAGAAGACCAGCAAUGAAAAUGAAAUCCAAGUAUUGACAGAAAAACUUACAUUACUGGAGAAAACUAAUAAACAAGACCGGGACCAGGUAAUCUGCCUAGAAAAGGAGCUGAAGAAAGUAAAUGAGGUAGCUGAAGGGACCCAAGGUAGCUUGACUGUUGCUCAAGAUGAGCUGGUCACUUUCAGUGAAGAAUUAGCAAAUCUGUACAACCAUGUUUGUAUGUGCAACAAUGAGACACCCAACCGGGUAAUUUUGGAUUACUUCAAGGAAGGCAAAGAUGUUCGCAGUAGUCCAGAAGGUAGAGAAAGAAGAUCGCCAGUUCUGCUGACUAAGGGACUUUUUCCAGGAGAGAUUGGAAAAAUUGAAAAUGGUAAUGGAGACACUGUACCAUCUUCUGCUUCACCUUUGCCCACCCCAUUGUCUUAUUCCAGUGAUCCACGCAAAGAGCCGAUGAAUAUUUACAACCUGAUUGCUGUCAUUCGAGACCAGAUCAAGCACCUUCAAAAAGCAGUUGACAGAUCAACAGAACUAUCCAAACAACGCGCUACAUCGCCUGAACUUGGGCCAGUGGCAGACAAAGACAAAGAAGUAUAUAUGGAUGAGAUCUUGAAACUGAAGUCCUUGUUGAGCACCAAGAGAGAACAAAUAGCAACACUGAGGACUGUCCUCAAAGCAAACAAGCAGACUGCUGAAGUAGCCCUUACAAAUCUGAAGAGUAAAUAUGAAAUCGAGAAAGCUAUGGUCACCGAGACCAUACUGAAACUGCGUAAUGAGCUCAAGGCUUUAAAAGAAGAUGCUGCAACCUUCUCAUCCUUGAGAGCCAUGUUUGCAACAAGAUGCGAUGAGUAUGUAAAUCAGCUUGAUGAAAUGCAGCGUCAACUUGCUGCUGCUGAGGAUGAGAAGAAGACUCUGAACUCUCUUCUUCGCAUGGCCAUUCAGCAGAAACUGGCACUGACUCAGCGGCUGGAGGACUUAGAGUUUGAUCAUGAGCAGUCCAAGCGUGGCCGAACCAAAUCAUGGACCAAAACCAGAGCUAACAACCCCAGUGUAAGUCAUGUACGCUCUUGUGUUGUCAGACAAGAGGGAGUAGUUGUCAGCAACCAGAUGUAUUGCAGUGAGAAGUACAAAAUCUACUGUGAUUGAUUGUGGUAUGUAGGGAAUUCACAAGAAGUGGAUAGUAAAUAGAUGUGGUGCUUUGGUGUGCAGUGCAGCAUUAAUGCCCUGUUUUCUUAGCAUUGCAGUGAGUUCAUCUGUAUUGGCUUUGUUAACCAUUGCUUAAGGCAUGGAGAUGAAGUAACUGGAUUAGUGUGACAUUUACAUCUUGUAAUAUAAAUUUUUAACUGUGAUAUCCAUGCACUAUAUGGGUAGUAUGGUAUUUCUGAGGUGUUAGUUCAUUCUGUCAGCCUGCUCCAACACCACUGUAUAGCACAAAUGUGCUAUUUUCCCCACCCAGCUUUAGUUUGCACUUCACCUUCCAGACAAAGGGUUAUAUUUAACAAUGUUGCACAUGUUUACAAUAUUGAUAUAUGCAAAUUCAUCCCUUCCCAAUUCAAACUCCAAUUUUGUUUUACCAAUAUUAUGCACAAGGUGAUGUGCAGUUUUAUAAAUGUUUGAGGGCAUUUGUAAUUGCUUUCAAAAUGUAGAGCUUUCCAUUCACUAAUGCUAUUCUUGAAACUGUUUAAAUGAGUGAGGAUUAUAUUCCAAACAAGAGACUCAGUUGAAAUUUUGUUUCUGCAUAUACCAGUAUUGAAAGAGACAAUGCAAUGCUUCAGUGUUAAUUCAUGCUAAUAGUGCUUGUAGGCUAUUAACUUAAAAAUGUCUUACAACUUGUAUUUAUGUAUAUAAGCACAGACCACGUGGAACUCUCCAUUAUGUGUGACAAUAUAGAACAAGGAGGAAGUCCUAAUAUUAAAUACUAGCGAUUUCAAAACUUGAACUGCAUGUGUUAAUUUUUGAAUUUGGCAAAAGCAGUAACUGUGAUAUGGCAGUAACAAAUAAUUAGCAAAAUAUUAAGCCUUUCGAUGCUGUUCAUUCAAAUAAGCACAAAGUAAAACACAUAAUGGACUGUGGGUGCACCAAAUUUGGUAAAAAAACUGCCUGUUAUCAAGCAUAUGUCUUGUCUGUCACUUAAAUUUGCUUUGUCUGGGCACAAGCCCUGCUUGAAGCAAUGUAGAGAAAUAUUCUUAACCCUGCUAUUUCUCAUUGAUUGCCAGUAGCUUUGUUUUCCCAUACCACCAUAUUGCCUAUAAGUAGUCAGGAGAUUUGUUUUAGUAACACAAAUGUAAGUGCAUUGCUUGCCUUCUGGUUCCAGAGAAGAUCAUGAAGUACAUUAAUAUUAUGACUUCGGAAAUUUAUACCUUGUGAUGUGUAAGUUUAAAUAUUUCAUCUCAUUAAUUUUUUCUUUGAAGAAACUUUUAAAAAGAAAAUUUACCACAAAAGAUUAUUUUCAAAUUUAUUUCUAGUUCGGUGUCUCUAAAUCAAAUUUUAGGGUUAAGAUUUAUUCUCUACUGAACUGGCAAUUGAUAACUGUCCUAGGCCUAGUUCAAACAUACUGAAGUAUAUUUAUUACUCACUAUUUUAAUGGAUAAGUAUGAAAUGCAUAUCAUUUCUAGAAACUGAGCUCCAUAAAGUCAUUCAAACUAAAUAUUUAUUACCAUAUGAAGCAGCUAUGCUACAGAAUAUUUCCAUUAAACACCCAGUAGUUUAUGCUGUAAAUGUUGAGUGUUGACUUUGCAUUUUUCUCUUUCUGGGGCUGCUGCCUUAGGAUAUGACUUCAUCGUCAAAAUAACAAGACUAGCUUUGUCCUUUUAGCUGCUCUCAGUGCAUUGACAUGAAGUACUCUCCGGCCUGUGAGCUUUAAAAUUACUUUACAACAGGAUUGAAUGGUGAUAUUUAAAAUAAAUAACUUUAUAUGACACAGGACUAAUGAGGCAUUAGGUGCUUUUAACUUUGGAGUGACACCUGACAAUGAACUGGAAAUUUGCCAUUGCUGAAAUUGUGAAUACAAAGGAUUUCUGUUAAAUUAAAUCCUGCUUUAGUUUUCUAUGCUGCACAAUCCUUUGAAGGCCUUUGAUGUACUGAUAAUUACCUUAAUUGCAUUCUGGGUUAUUAAUAAAUGCCUAUAGUUUGAACUAACUAAGCAUUUAGAAAUGUGACAUUAAACAUUUUUGCUCUGAAGCAGACAUAUUUGCUUCCAAUGUUUCAGGAAAAUUUUUAAAGAUGCAGUGACUUCCCUAUAGUAGUAGCAAAAGUAAACAAUCACUAAAUUUGAUACUUUGAAAAGAGAUUUGUAAAGCAACUUGGGCAAAUAUUUAAAAUGUUUCUCAAAUGUAUGAGCUAAUUUUGUGAUAUGGCAAUGUGUCCCAAGUUUGCAGAAAAGUUUGGAAUAUGCAUCUAUAUACCUAGUGUUAUCUAACUGCUGUUAAAAUGCAGCAUGUGAAAUCUUAUUAUUGCCUACCUCUGUUAGCAGGCUGUCUGUCCUUUGGCUUCUGGCUGUAUUUGCUAUUCCUUAUAGCAGUCUGCAUAUAAUGACCUGCAUGUCUCUCUUAUAAUCUAAUGGCUUUGUAAACCAAUUCCUGUGAUAAAUUAUCUUGUUGCAUGACCAACAUCAGGUCACUCAAUACUUGUGAGGUUAGCUUCCUACAAAUGGCUCGCAUCAUUUUAAACCUUAUUCUGUGCUUUAUAUUCAGAAAUAAUCUAAAAUGUCACCUCCUUUGAUCACUAACAGCCCACACUUUGCAUUAACAGACUAAUAUAACUAGCAAAACCUUGUGCCAUGCAUUCUUCAUGAAUUGCUCCUUGUGCAAGUGGUUAUUUGUAAUAAGAGUUUUGGCUAAUUUAUUUUUAUUUUCCCUUUUUCAGCGAUAAAAGUCCCUGGAGAAGGACUUUCCACCGAGAGUGCAGUUUAUUUAAAAAUUGCUAGUGUAGUCUGUUGCACAAAAUGAACUAAUAGUGAAGAAAACACUUGAACCACAUUAAUAAUAGAGGCAGUUAAUUUGCUGCCUUGUGUUUGUUUUGCACUACAAGUUGCAAAUACGAACAAAACUACAUUAUUAAAAUGGCUGCUGCAGGAAGAGAAACUCACAAGUGUUGAAGAAAUCUUCAAUGAUUUGAUUAACAUUAUGCUUUAUGAUAGAAUAUUCACAAUUUGAGAUGUUAUGAUAUUCAUAUAUGUUUUGCAAUUAUUCAGUGUUUUUAAUCAGAUGUUAUACCUGUGCACUUUUGAUAUAUUUUUUUUAAUUAUUAGGAAGGUAGAAAAUGCUGCGGUUUCUGGAUAUAACUCCUGCCGGUAGUGUCUUUAAUUGGUGUGAUAGAUUUCUGCAUCAGCAUGCUGCAGAAGAGUCAAUUAUAUUUUUAACCUGUGUUCAAAUUAAAUUUUUACACUACCGGUAUUUGUGCUUCAGCAUUUUCUCCAUUAGAAUUUGUUUUGUUUUACAUAUGUUAACUGCCACGUUCUAAAAUCCAGGGUGAUCCAAUUCUGGGGUUUUCUUGUAUAUUAUUCUUAGGAAUAGUUCAAUGUAACAAGGAAAAAACUUGACUUUGUUCUGGUAAUGGUAAUAGACACUUGAAAAGUACUAUUACUAACAAAUUCCAGGAUUUCUGGGUUUAAAAAAAAUCAAGUAUCAUUGAUUUAACAGAAUUUUCUACAAAGGCGCCAAAUAAAUUCCAAAUUGGAAUUGUUUUCUUAUUUCUCGUUUUGUUUAUUGUGCCAAAACUUGGUACAUCUAGAAGAAAAAUCUAAAAGAUUGUUUAUUGUGGGGUGUUCUGUUUCCAUGCCUUGAUUUUGUUAAUCCUGCCAGUAGUGCCUUUGAUAAUUUCAAGAAAGAGUGCUUGUUCUUACAAUUAUGUUUUUGCGAACUAAAAAGUAUUCAAAUUUCAAAAAGAAAGGAUAAAGCAAUAAGUGCAACUGAGAACCCCCCUUUUGCACAAAAUUUCCACUGCAGUCUUAAUUUUACCAAUAAAUUGUAUGAAAUUCUUUUUUGUCGAUGAUACUUCUGAAAUGCAGAUUCAUGCAAAUUCAGGGGAUACUUAUUUUGGGAACCAAAUCUAGUGAGUUUGGACUCCUGACAGACACAUUAAAUUGUAUUAACACAUUUGUGGUUGCAGUACAGAGGACUGUAUCAAAUGUAUCUUAGCUUUGUUUGGUGAUGGUCACAAAUAACUGGUAUUGUUGGCAGAUGUGAAAACAUUAAGACAGUAACUUUCCUUACCAGCUGUGUAAUCAUUGCAUAAGUUCAGCAAACAGAAAAUAGAUGCUGCAUCAACAAACCAUGCCAAUAGAUUCAAUGGUGAUGUUUGUUGAGGCCAGGUUUUGACAAAUUGGGUCAAAUUUAGAAGUAACUUUAAAUUAAGUGCAAUUUAAAUGAUGAGUUUUAGCAUUAUUGUGAAAGACAUUUUCUGUUCGCUGGAAGAAUGGUGUGAUUCUUAUCCUUUUUUGUUACAGUACAGCAUAUGCUCAGUUACAUUAAAAAACAAUGUACUUCAUGUGGGUAUUUAUUUGAAGCAAUUGUCACAGUACUGUAUUACUUUUUAUGUGCAUUAUCAUUUAGUGGCAGGUUGGCUUAAACAUAAUGUCAUAUGCAUGUGUGCCAGCCUAGAGACCUUUACACAGAUUUUUUUUUAAAUUAAAUUGAAGAUUUUAAACAAGUGUGGAACUAAAGGCUUUUUAGACCUUGUGAAAUAUUGGACAUUGGACUUGCAAACAUGUAAAACCUGAAGAGAGGUUUAUUGUAUCAGGAUUGUAUCUGUGUAAAGGUAAUCCUAUUGGCUAUGUCAAUAAAUGUGGAUUAUAAAUAA